GAGGGGAGUGGCGGAGCUCAGCUGAUGCUCUUGGAGACCAAGCUCUCACAUAGAACACAUUGAGCAGCUGGAGCUGUCACAGGCUGGGGACUGAGGCUUCCCUGAGAGACAACACACAAUACCCACAAUACCCACACAAUACCCACAAUACCCACACAAUACCCACAGUGCUCAGCCGGCUGCACUCACCGGCACGGAUUGCCCUGCUCUACAGUGAACUGUCCUUCAGCACCCAGGGAACUGCUCCCCAUCUACAGACCCCCCCCUCAUCCCCAUAGCAUCCUCUGCUCCACUUCCAGGGAUAUCUACUCUUCCAGGACUAUCUGCACUGACCCUGCCUGCCUGCGUCCUGCUCGCACACAGACCCCUGCAGCACACAGCAAGACUCCCAGCCUAGGAUUGUGUUAUCCCCCCUAGGAGGAGAGAGGAGCGAGCUCAGCAAGGGAGGAACAUGUCUUCUGCAACAUCACCUAUCAUUCUGAAAUGGGACCCCAAAAGCUUGGAAAUCAGGACCCUUACUGUGGAGAGCCUGCUGGAGCCGCUAGUAACCCAGGUCACUACCCUCGUCAACACCAGCAACAAAGGCCCCUCUGGUAAAAAGAAAGGGAGGUCGAAGAAGGCCCACGUGCUGGCAGCUUCCGUGGAACAGGCCACCCAGAACUUCCUGGAGAAGGGCGAGCAGAUCGCCAAGGAAAGUCAGGAUCUCAAGGAGGAGCUCAUCUCUGCUGUGGAAGACGUCCGGAAACAAGGAGACACUAUGAGAAUCACCUCUUCAGAGUUUGCAGAUGAUCCUUGCUCUUCGGUGAAACGUGGCACCAUGGUGAGGGCGGCCCGGGCGCUCCUGUCGGCUGUCACUCGACUGCUCAUCCUGGCAGACAUGGCCGAUGUCAUGAGGCUCUUAAUCCAUCUAAAAAUUGUGGAAGAAGCUUUGGAAUCGGUAAAGAAUGCAACCAAUGAGCAGGACCUGGCCCAUCGCUUUAAAGAAUUUGGGAAAGAGAUGGUGAAACUGAACUACGUGGCAGCAAGGAGGCAACAGGAACUGAAAGACCCUCAUUGCCGGGAUGAAAUGGCGGCUGCCCGCGGUGCCCUGAAGAAGAAUGCCACCAUGCUAUACACCGCCUCCCAGGCCUUUCUCCGCCACCCUGACGUGGCAGCCACCCGCGCCAACCGGGAUUAUGUGUUCAAGCAAGUGCAAGAGGCCAUAGCUGGGAUCGCUAACGCCGCCCAGGCCACCUCGCCCACCGACGAGAAACAGGCACACACUGGCAUCGGCGAACUGGCCGCCGCCCUCAAUGAGUUUGAUAACAAGAUCAUACUAGAUCCCUUGACCUUCAGUGAAGCACGGUUCCGCCCGUCUCUUGAAGAGAAGCUGGAAAGUAUAAUCAGUGGUGCGGCUCUAAUGGCAGACUCCUCUUGCACACGCGACGACCGCCGAGAAAGAAUCGUAGCCGAGUGCAACUCCGUCAGACAGGCCCUCCAGGAUCUGCUGAGCGAGUACAUGAACAAUAGUGGAAGAAAAGAAAAAGGGGACCCACUGAACAUUGCCAUCGACAAAAUGACCAAAAAAACAAGAGAUCUGCGUAGACAGCUUCGGAAGGCGGUAAUGGACCAUAUCUCAGAUUCCUUUCUGGAGACUAAUGUUCCCCUGCUGGUUCUUAUUGAGGCAGCAAAGAAUGGCAAUGAGAAAGAGGUGAAGGAAUAUGCUCAAGUCUUCCGCGAGCAUGCCAACAAAUUGGUUGAGGUGGCUAAUCUGGCUUGUUCCAUUUCCAAUAAUGAAGAAGGAGUGAAGUUAGUCCGGAUGGCGGCGACCCAGAUUGACAGCCUCUGCCCACAGGUCAUUAAUGCAGCCUUGACACUGGCGGCCAGACCCCAAAGUAAAGUCGCUCAAGACAACAUGGAUGUCUUCAAGGAUCAGUGGGAGAAACAGGUCCGGGUUCUGACAGAGGCCGUUGAUGACAUCACAUCGGUUGAUGACUUCCUCUCUGUCUCAGAGAACCACAUUCUGGAGGAUGUGAAUAAAUGUGUCAUAGCUCUGCAAGAAGGUGAUGUAGAUACGCUUGACCGAACAGCGGGGGCAAUAAGAGGCCGCGCCGCCAGAGUCAUCCAUAUCAUUAACGCCGAAAUGGAAAAUUAUGAAGCCGGGGUUUACACUGAGAAGGUUCUAGAUGCCACCAAACUUCUAUGUGAAACUGUGAUGCCCCGUUUUGCUGAACAAGUUGAAUUUGCCAUCGAAGCGUUAAGUGCAAAUAUUCCCCAACCGUUUGAGGAGAAUGAAUUCAUCGAUGCGUCCCGCUUGGUUUAUGAUGGAGUCCGGGACAUACGGAAAGCUGUGCUCAUGAUAAGGACUCCCGAAGAGCUGGAAGAUGAUUCAGACUUUGAACAAGAGGAUUAUGAUGUCAGAAGCCGGACCAGUGUUCAGACUGAGGAUGACCAGCUUAUUGCUGGCCAAAGUGCCCGAGCGAUCAUGGCUCAACUUCCACAAGAAGAGAAAGCAAAAAUCGCAGAGCAAGUGGAGAUCUUCCAUCAAGAGAAGAGCAAACUGGAUGCUGAAGUGGCCAAAUGGGAUGACAGCGGAAAUGACAUCAUUGUCUUGGCCAAACAGAUGUGUAUGAUCAUGAUGGAAAUGACAGAUUUUACCAGAGGGAAAGGCCCACUAAAGAACACAUCUGAUGUGAUUAAUGCGGCUAAGAAGAUUGCCGAGGCCGGCUCCCGGAUGGACAAGUUGGCUCGGGCUGUCGCUGAUCAGUGCCCUGACUCAGCAUGUAAGCAGGACCUAAUAGCGUAUCUCCAGCGGAUUGCCCUCUACUGCCAUCAGCUCAACAUCUGCAGUAAAGUGAAAGCGGAAGUUCAGAAUCUGGGCGGUGAAUUAAUUGUUUCAGGGACUGCAGUGCAGAGCACUUUCACUACAUUUUAUGAAGUAGCAGGUGAUGUGAUAGCAGGAGGCAGGGACAGUCAACUUUCCCUCGACCUGCUCCCCUCCUGCACUGAAGGAUCUCUUUUCGGAAGUGGAAGCAGGGACUCUACUAUGCUGGAUAGCGCAACAUCCUUGAUCCAGGCAGCUAAGAAUUUGAUGAAUGCUGUUGUCCUCACUGUCAAGGCCUCCUAUGUGGCCUCUACGAAAUAUCAGAAGGUUUAUGGCACGGCCGCGGUCAACUCCCCCGUUGUGUCGUGGAAGAUGAAAGCACCUGAAAAGAAACCUCUGGUGAAAAGGGAAAAGCCAGAGGAAUACCAGACGCGAGUAAGGAGAGGAUCCCAGAAGAAGCACAUCUCUCCUGUACAGGCUCUAAGUGAAUUCAAAGCUAUGGAUUCAUUCUAAAACACUAGGCUUUAAUAUGAGGAUUUUUUUAAAAAGUCAUUUUUUUGUAUGCAUACCUGCCGACUUGUAUGCGUCUGGCAUGAAGGAAGACAAAUUGUAGUGUCAAAAUGUGCAUGCUACCCGAGGUUUUACCCCAUUUAACGUUAAUUUGCAAUAAAGCAAACCCAGAGACGACUAAUAUAGUAUUAACCCUACCUAAGGCCAUUGUGGUUCCCUUAGCUUUUAACCUUGGCCGUCGAGGGCCCAAAAAAAAUAAUAAUAUUUUUCAAGCUUUGACACUGAAGAAUAAUGUCUGCCAAUGAGUUUCAUUGGAAUAUUCAGAAGGGCUUCAUUGUAAAAUAUAUAAUGCAUGCAGGAAACAUUAGGUUGGCAGGUAUCUAGGCUAACAAUGGAAGGGUGUCGGCCAUUCAGCUUGUAAUGCUUUUGUUUCAGUGCACAAAUAUAAAUAGACAAUUUACCUAAGUGUGUGGCCCAGAUGACUGAGUAAUAAACUUCAACAUUUUUUUGUCAUAGUACGUUGCUACGGAAUGAAAAACUAGAAUAAUAAUCCGACUGAGAGCGUUCCCAUUAUUGUGUAUUUUGUUCUGUAUGUUCCAAUGUGUAAUUUAACGACAUGUGACCAUAUAACCCCCCCCCCCGGAAAGUAACCGCUAAAUUGAAUCUGUAUGGUGCAAAUGUGAAAACACAAUAAAGUGACUGGCAUCAUAUUAUAUUAGAAUUGCUACAUCGCUUUAUGGUGGAAUGUGUGUUGGUUUGGAAACUAAAUGACAACGUGGCGGCUUAAAAGCCAAGCGCUCAACGCGAGCAGCUCGGAAUCUCGGUAUCUAUUAUGCCUUUCCAUUCACUAACUCAAUAAAGUCAUUGGCUCAUUAUUGUACA